CCUCAAUGACAAGCCCGCAGAGCCUCUUCAACGCAUCCAGUGGAAAUGACAAACCAGAGGCGCUCCGCGGGCCAGCAUGUCAAACACUAACAGUAAUCAUGGGCUUUUAGCAACCGCAAGUCAUCCUGAACUCACAACCUAAGACACUAACGAGGCAUCUCUGGGACAUUUUGUCGGUCUGGGGACGCGUCAAAGUUGGAGCGGACCUCGCCAAAUGGACGUCGAUGGACUGGAAUGAAACCUCCACUUCUAUCGGACUGAAGGAAGGAGGGAAACAAACCUCUGCAUGUUCAAGUUUCCUGCUCCAACCAGAGGGGCAUCUGUGCGUGCGUGUUGGAUGUGGGUGCGUGUGUGGAAGUGUGUGUUGGGUGCGUGUGUGUGCGCGCCCCGCAGGACCAGCGGCGGCGGCGGUGGUGGCGGUGUUGGUGGUGGCCGCGGGAAGGGAAGUUUAGCGCCGUGAUUUUUCUUCUUUCCAUCUAUUCCGCUGUGUUGUUUUUUUCAUGUCGCACCAGGAGACAGGCGGAUUAACGUUUCCCUGAUGAAAAUUAACCAUCUGUGGAGAGGCUCUGUGAUCGUGACUAUGAUGAUGAUGUCGAGUAAGAGCGUGGAGUGGCUGCAGGAGGAGCUGGAGUCCGGGGCCAGCUCUCUGCUGCUGCUGGACUGCAGACCCCAUGAGCUGUACGAGUCCUCGCACAUCGAGUCGGCCAUCAACCUGGCCAUCCCGGGCCUCAUGCUCCGGAGGUUGAAGAAGGGUAACCUCCCAAUCCGCUCCAUUAUCCCCAACAAUGAGGACAAGGAGAAAUUUGUCAAGCGGUGUAAGACGGAUGUGGUGGUUCUUUACGACGAGGCGACCCCGGAGCGACAGGAGUCCGGGCUGGGGAGCUCCGUGCUGGGGCUGCUUCUGCAGAAACUGCGGGACGACGGGUGCAAGGCUUUUUAUCUGGAGGGGGGCUUCAACAAGUUCCAGUCGGAGUACCCCGAGCACUGCGAGACCAAUCUGGACUGCUCCUGUCCCAGCAGCUCCCCGCCAGCUUCUGUCCUCGGCCUGGGAGGACUCCGCAUCAGCUCAGACUGUUCAGACGGGGAAUCUGACCGCGAGCCAGGCAGCGCAACAGAGUCGGAGGGCAGUCCGCUCCCCAACAACCAGCCAGCGUUUCCCGUCCAGAUCCUGCCGUAUCUUUACCUGGGCUGUGCCAAAGACUCCACCAAUCUGGAUGUGCUAAGCAAGUACAAUAUCAAGUACAUCCUCAACGUGACGCCCAACCUGCCCAACAUGUUCGAGCACGAAGGGGACUUCAAGUACAAACAGAUCCCCAUCUCUGAUCACUGGAGCCAGAACCUCUCUCAGUUUUUCCCUGAGGCCAUUUCAUUCAUUGACGAGGCGCGCUCCAAAAAGUGUGGCAUCCUGGUGCACUGCCUGGCCGGGAUCAGCCGGUCGGUGACCGUCACGGUGGCCUACCUGAUGCAGAAGCUGAACCUGUCGCUUAACGACGCGUAUGACUUCGUCAAGCGGAAAAAAUCCAACAUUUCCCCAAACUUCAAUUUCAUGGGCCAACUCCUGGACUUUGAGCGGACGCUGGGACUCAACAGCCCCUGCGACAACCGCUCGACCUCCCCGCCGCACGACCAGCUCUUCUUCACCACCCCGACCAAUCACAACGUGUUUCAACUGGACACACUGGAGUCCACAUGAAAAUUAGACAUGGAGACUGUCCCUUUUUAUGGAGAGGGGGGUCGAGGUGUUGUUGUUACCAUGGCAACAAGCGGCUGCACUGGAGGCCAGCAGCCAGUUUUAAUGAAUGUUUUAGCCUCCCGGUGGCUCGUUGUCUGAGAGCCUGGCUACAGAGCAACGGUGGAGGGACAGGGGAAGUUACAGAUGCCACGUUGAAAGGGGGAAAAGGGAGGGUUUUUUUGAAACCCAGAACUGACAGACGGGUUUUUACGAUGGCGUCCUCCUCGGAUUUGAUUGAAAUCGAGGGAGGAAGAACCCCUAUCGACUUGUCUUGUAACGUGGAGACUUAACUGACUGAGAAACUGAGCGAAAGGCGGCAUCAGGACAGACAGCUUCAUACAAAGAUAGGAACAUGGAAAAAUCUACAGCGCUCGAUUUAUGAGACAACAACAUCCUCUCUGUCUUUCUGUCUCGGCUCUUGAGCUGAGCUGACUGGUGCCAAGUGGAGAAUCUGGGAUUUACUUGUAGGAAAUCUCGCUCUACUGAAUGUAGAGUUUUAUAAACCAAGGAAUACACACACACACACACACACACACACACACACACAAAGUAUGUAUGUUUGUACUGUACUGUAUGUUAACGUACAUAGCAGAAAACGUAUGGGCAGUCCGUAACAAAUUCAGUAUGUCUAUAUGCAUUUUUGUAUAUUUUUGUGUACAUUUACGCACAAAUCUAUACCUUAUAUAAAUAUAUACGCAUAGAAAUCAUAUCUAUCCAAUCCAUUAAUGGCUUAAGAGAAUGUAAAACUAAAGAAGGGGGAUGGUUGUGGUGACGCCAACAAAAAGGAACGUUGUUGUGAUAUUCCGAGUUGUCCUCUUUUUUUUCUUUCUUUUUUUUUCUUUUUUUUGAAGUUUCGUUUUUCUUUUAGGUUUGUAAUGACCUAAUGCAGUUUGCACAGUGGUGUAGCCAUUGACUUGUUGGCACUUGGAGCCAGUGCUUGAAAGCAGGCAGAUAAAGAGACAUUCAGAGAAGACGAGCGGAGAGGAGAGGCCAGUCCCAGGCUGCGACGAGUCCCAACAGCUGCACAGUGGAGUGGGGAGGGAGCAGGAACUCGGGCCCUGAAGCAAAGGUUUGGGUUAGGGCAUGGAGGGUUAGGACUUAUCAGUUGAAUCGUGGUUGGGUAGAUUUGAUAUUUGGCCAACUGUUUUCAACUUCAAGUUCCAAGUUCCUACUUCCUUCCCCUUAUGACUGUUUAACGAAUUGCCUAACAAGAAGUACCGGUUGUUUCCACCAGCUGUUUUGAUUAUUUCAGUUGUUUCAUUUCAGUCUGAUGUGGUUCAUUGCAACCUCUAACAGCUCUGACUUUUGUACUUUGAGGUAGAGACUUGAAUGAGAGGUUGGGGGAUGCUAAAGCAGUGUUAACAUCUUUUUGGGCAGCUUAUCUUGGCAACCUUGGGCAAGGAAGUGCCUCAACACUCUUGUAUUAUCUUACUCCUCCUUUCGCCUAAGAGGAAGUUGUUCAUUUGUAGUCCUGUCUUUGGUUCCUUUUAGGUACAAAUUUGUCAAUAAAAGGACUGCAUGACAAGGGGGCUGUGAUUAUGGUUGGAUUAUAGUGUUGUGAACUGGGACUGGCCUCAACUACAGACUGCACUUAGCUACUUAAAUAGCGCCACGUCCCUUAACUGCAUUGGAGAAAGCGGAAAGAAGGUCUUUCUGUAAAGGGAUCACCCGUUUUGUCAAAGAAAAGUUUGUCUGAGUUGAUUCACCCUUAAGCCUUGGGUAUAUUAUAUGAAAGAUAUAUUGAACACAAAUUUAUAUAAAUAAAUAAAUAUAAAUAUAUAUAUUAUUUUGUAUACCUGAGCAUGCUGUGGUACUGUAUGCUCUCUAACAUUACAUAACCACAGGUUGGAUGUUGCUUUACCAGGUGGGAAGUUGGUCGAUGGGGACCGUUUUUUUAACUGCUGUUGCUGCUGAAAACAGCGGUACACAGCAUGUAGUUAAGGAGUUUUCUUAGACCCUGUUCACAUCUGAAACACCUUAAAAAGAAAGACGUCUGCUGCAGUAGUUGUCAGUAGGUUUCUUCCUAUGAGUGGAACAACACUGCAGCAACAACUUGGACUAUUGGCAGCGUCUGUACUGUAGCUACAUUGGGUGUCAUGCAAGAACAUUUUAAUCUGAUUCAGCUUGUAGCAGCACAAACGUUGUUGUGAAUCACUCGUUUUAACUUGAUUAGUACCUUAUAUUCAUGAGUGUAAUCAACGCCCUAAUAUGUGGGCAGGCUUCAUUCAAAAAAAUAUGACGUGAAGUAAAGAGAUAAACAAAUCAUGAAACGAAACCAGUGGGCCUAAAAACACAGAGGCAGUUGUUGGAGUGUGAAUCUGUCUACAGAAAAAACACUCUUGCUGUUGUAAUAAAUUGGCAGCCAUGAUGUCCAUCACACAGUGAGCAGAAUUACUUUAUUUAUUUUAAUUAAAGUUUGGAAUUUCAUAUUCAUAAAGCACUUAAAUUGUUUUUUCCCCCUGAGGAGAAAGAAAGGACUAUCUGCUCACAACCACUGCUCAUUCACAAGUUGCGAUUUUAGAAAAAUAUUAAAUAAUGCACAGCCACAAAAGCUCUGUGGGAUAGAUGCUUGACUAGAGUCACAGCUCCUUUUUAGUUUUUUCUUUUAUUUGUGACAUUUUCAACCAACUUCUUCCUCAGGCCUGGAGUUGGUGUAAAUGUCACAAAUAAAAGAAGAAUGGACACUUCUUCUUGCAUGGGUCCCGUUAUUAAUGGCAAACUACAGGAAUUUGUUUUGAAAGCGAUGAUGUGGACGGGGUCUACACAGGAAACAAUGGACUGGGUUUCAGAGGGGACAGCAGUUGAAUCUGAACAGGGUUGGUUUUAGCUGGCCUUAUAUAAUCUUUCUAACUUGUUUCUAAUGCUGACUGUUCAAUACUCUUUAUAUCUCACUUUAGAAAAACAUUGUAUAAAAAAAAAACAAAAAACAUUUCUUUAUCUGUUAUUUGAAUCAGAACAUGGUAAUAACGGACAGCGAGCUGUCUUUUUGCCGUAACGGGUCACACAAGGUCCUCUUUGUUACUCUGCAAUAUAUCAAAACACCUUUUUGCAGUAUUUUGUAGAUCCAAGACGUCAACGUUUUUAAAAUCUUCUUCUUUUGUACUAUAUCUAUUCUGUAUAAUUAUACAAGAUCCAGCUCGAUUAUGGCUCUUGUGGACUGAAGUAACAUUUCACCUGGGGUGUCCAAAAUGUCGGGCUUACGUGCCCUUUACCAACCUGAAAGAGGCCCUCACUAACACACACGCACGCAGACACUGCGUCACACGGUCAGAGCUGUGGUUCAGCAUGCCAGUUAUGUUUCACAAUAGACGAUUACACCACCCGGCUUUAAUAAUUACAUGGUCUUUUUCCGUCUUGUUUUGAUAUGAUGUGCUCUAUGCUAUUCCUGUGGCCUUUCAAUAUGAAUAUAUAUCUAAGUAUAUAUAUGUUAUGAAUUUAUAUGCAAAAGUUCCUCUCCUAUUAUUAUAGCAUCAGAGAUGAAGAUAAUACUACCAUGCCUGAAUGGACUUCCCUUGUCUGUAGUCAUAUCCCACUUAACAAUAAGAAAAACCUUUGAGGACUUGAUCACUUGCACCCUAGGAUUGAAAUAUAUUUCAGUACGGAGCUUUUCUAUUUAAAAAAGAAUAUGGUUGAUUUCAAGCUGCUUUCUUGUGUUUUUGUGUCUUUGUAACAAUGAAAGAGAAAUCAAAUCUUUUUCUCUGUUUGUAAAUUUGCCAGAUCACGGGAACGGCCGUUUCUGUGUCCUUAAAACUUGUAGCUACAUCUGGGUGAGAAUGUGUUCGGGAGGGAAAGACGUGAAUGAGCGUGAGAGCGGUGGACGGCGUUGAAUACAAAGUGAAAGAAAAAGUAAAUGAUUUUAAAAAUGUUACCUCAGUGAGGAAUUUUUCAGGGAUUUUUUUGACAAUACAUCUUGCAUCGUGUUACAGCUUAAAACACACGUUGAAUAGCUGUUUUGUAUUGUGCUGUAAACGGUUUUUAAAAAAAAGAAAAAAAGAUGCAAUCUGUCUGUGUGUGAAAAACAAGGGGGAUGUUAACCAGGGCAGUUUCACUUUUCUGUCUACUGAAGGAAAUACGAUUGACCCUAUGUAUUGUACAGUAUAUUGAAACAACACAAGACAUGUUUAUACCACAAAUAAAUAUUGAAAUAUUUUUUUCUUUAA